AUGAAGCGCACUCCUCACGAGUCCACCCUCGAUCUCUACAAACGAGAUAACGACUACAGUCUUCAGCUGAAUCGUUGGAUCCUGAAGUCGAUAGGCGCUUGGCCGGAACUGCCGACGAAUUCGUCGGCCAGAAACAUCCUAGGGAAGGUCCUGAUACUCACGUGUCACUUUUUAAUAGCUUUCACCGUGGUGCCCGCUAUACUGUACAUAUUUUUCGAGGAGAAGGACUUCCGCCUUAAAUUGAAGGCUAUAGGGCCGACGAGUCAUUGUCUCAUGGGUGGUAUCAAUUACUGCUCGCUCUUGCAUCAAAAGAAACGUAUACGCAGAUCCAUUGAACACAUGGAUGCGGACUGGCGAAUGGCGAAGAGAGAGCACGACAGGGAAGUGAUGCUGAAGAACGCCCGGAUAGGAAGAAUCAUAGCAGGCACUUGUGCGCUCAUCAUGCAGGGUGGUGUGUUCUGUUACAAUCUAGCUAGAGGAUUGUCGCCGAUAAGCAUGGUGAUCGGCAACGAGACCAUGUCGAUAGGCCGCUUACCUUGUCCGUCGUACAAUAAGAUCGUGGACACCAGGUUCAGUCCGGUAUAUGAGGUGAUGCUCGCGCUGCAGUGUCUUUCAAUCGUUGUGGUGAACAACACGACGGUCGGCGCGUGUGGUUUAGCCACGGUGUUCGCGAUGCACGCCUGCGGCCAACUCAACGUGGUGAUGUUGCGGCUCGGAGAGCUCACCGACGAGAAACGAGACGUCCUUCAGCUAAAAUUGGGGUACAUCAUCGAGCGGCAUCUGCGAGCGUUGAGGUUUCUCUCGCGUAUGGAGACGAUUAUGCGUCAGAUAUGUUUCGUGGAAUUAGUCGGAUGUACAUUCAACUUGUGCAUGCUAGGAUAUUACACCAUUACGGUACGCGAGUGGCGUGAAGAAAGUACAAAUACUAUAAUAACGUAUAUCAUGAUCCUCACAGGAAUGAUGUUCAAUAUUUUCAUAUUCUGUUUCAUCGGCGAACUCGUAACAGAUCAGUGUAAAAAAGUCGGCGAGGCAGCUUACAUGAUAAACUGGUAUGCAUUGCCGCAUAAAACCGCUCUCGACUUAAUUCUAAUAAUUUUGCGAUCAAGUAUCGUUAUCAAAAUCACCGCUGGGAAAAUAUUUCACAUGUCAAUCGCGACUUUCGGCGUUGUGAUUAAAACAUCUGUCACAUAUUUGAAUAUGCUUCGAGCUUUGACCAUGUAA